CUGGCGUAGAAAGGCCAGCACGUCCAUCGUCAGCUCAGCUCGUGAAACGAUCGCGCCAAGCGACGCUUCGUAUCUUCGAACACCUAGAAUUCGAACACGCUGCCCAUGACGCUGCGGUAACUCACGUUGGGAUUGGCUAUGUCCACAAUGGCCGCCAACGCCAGCUCCAGCGCCGCACUUGUCAUCUCUCUCGCCCAUGGUGUCGUGCCAGACCACCGCCAGCAGCGCCGAGGUGCGAGUCGGGCGACCGCUCCUCUUGCUCUACUGCUUCGUCGGCGUCAUGGCAACCUUCACGCUCAACGGCUUCCUCCUUGAGAAGCUCACCAAGGCGCACGACGUGGGCGAAAUGACGCUCACGUUUGUGAGCUGCGCGUGGUACGCCGUGGUCGCCCACGUCCUUCGCGUCGUCAUGCGCGAGCCGACGUCGUCGGUGCCCAUCAAGCAGUACGUGGGCCUCUCGCUGCUCACGUUCGUCUCGACAAUCGCGUCCAUCUACGCGCUGCGGUAUGUCUCGUUCAUCACGCGCAUCCUUGGCAAAUCGUGCAAGUCGAUCCCCGUCAUGCUUCUCGGCGCGCUCCUCGGGCAGCGCUACCAGAUGAAAAAAGUCAUUUCGGUGCUUCUGCUCUCGGUCGGCGUCGCCAUCUUCCUCGUUGGCACGUACGCCCAAAAGAUUGCCAACCACGAGCACGACGAGAAGACGGCGACCGACAUGAGCAUCGGCUGUGUCCUCCUCUUGCUCUCGCUCCUCUGCGACGGCGCGACCGGUGCCGUCGAGGACAAGCUCAUUGCUGCGUACGACAUUCAUGCGUUCGAGCUCAUGUUCUACCUCAGCCUCUUCAAGGCGGGCAUGGCGCUCCUCGGGAUGCUGGUCACGGGCGAGAUGCAGACUGUCAUGGCGACGGCGUGGCCGCACCUCGGCGGGCUCACGCUCUUGAGCCUCACGGGCGCGUCGGGCCAAGCGGUGCUCUUUGUGACGCUGCGCAACUUUGGCGCGCUCACAACGUCCAUCAUCGGCACGCUGCGCAAGGUCGUGAGCAUUGUCCUAUCGGUGAUCCUCUUCCGCCACGCGCUCGAGACGCAGCAGCUCCUCGGGCUCGUCAUCGCGUUUGGCGCGAUUGGCCUCAACUGGCUGCCGACGCACCGAGCAUCAUCGCAUGUACCGACGUCCACCGACGACGAAGCCGAGGUGACGCUUUUGCGCAAGGAUACGAGUGGCGACGACGACCGAGAGACCGAGAGCAGCAGCUCGGGCGACGAGGGUGUUGACGACGAAGAGUCGUGCUCGACCGCACAGAGCAAACAGCUCGACGCAGUCGUCGAGUGGGAAAAGACUUCGAGUGUCAUCACCGUCGCCUAAGAUCGUAGUGCUCCGACUAGUCACGACUAGUAGUAUAUAUAAAAGGCGAAUCACGACGUUGCGGCUGCUUUCGCCUUGGCUUCGAG